UUAAAGAAUUGAAGCAAAAAGCAAAUUGUUCCUUUUCUUUUAUUACUGCAAAGCAUUUUCGUUCAAUUGUUUUGGACUAAACAGGAGAUCCAAAGGAGCAGAUUUUUGAGGAUUUUAGACCCCAAUUUUGUAUACAUACACAGAUUCCAAAUCAAAACCAACCCACCAACUUCUACCGCACUUCCUAAAACAAAGUGUACUCUCAGAUCAGCGGACUGAACCACCACCCUCGCCACUUCACCAUCACCACCCCCGGUUAUGGCCAUGUCAGCCGCCACCCCUCAUUCCCUCCUCCUCAAAAACCCAACCAACCCCCUCAAACCCACCUCCACCCAACUCGCCGCCUUUCCCACCACCAGCCUCUCCCGCCAUGCCACCACUCGGAAGCCCAUCUCCAUAACGUGUUCCGCGGCUACCACAACCACCCCUCUUCCAACCACCCCGUCAACCUCCGCCUCCUCAGAUCGGGUCUUCAACUUCGCUGCCGGGCCCGCCACCCUCCCUGAAAAUGUCCUCUUAAAAGCUCAAUCUGAGCUUUAUAUCUGGCGCGACUCUGGCAUGUCGGUCAUGGAAAUGAGUCACCGCGGGAAAGAUUUCCUGUCCAUUAUCCAAAAAGCCGAAUCAGAUCUACGAACCCUUCUCAACAUUCCUUCAGAUUACGCCGUUCUCUUCCUCCAAGGUGGCGCCACCACCCAAUUCGCUGCCAUCCCACUUAACCUCUGCCAACCGGACGACACCGUCGACUUCAUAGUCACCGGCUCAUGGGGCGACAAGGCUUAUAAAGAGGCCACGAAGUACAGCAAACCCAAUGUGAUCUGGAGCGGAAAAUCUGAUAAGUAUACGAACAUUCCCAGCUUUGAUUCGUUAGAACAAAGCCCGCGCGCCAAGUAUCUGCAUAUAUGCACCAAUGAAACUAUUCACGGCGUUGAGUUCAAGGAUUAUCCUACCCCCAAGGAUCCGAAUACUAUUCUUGUUGCAGAUAUGUCCUCAAACUUUUGCUCGAAACCUGUCGACGUUUCUAAAUUUGGCUUGAUCUAUGCUGGGGCGCAGAAAAAUGUUGGUCCGUCUGGGGUGACCAUUGUUAUCAUCAGGAAAGAUUUGAUUGGAAAUGCUCAGCCGAUUACGCCGGUAAUGUUGGAUUAUAAGAUCCACGCUGAGAAUAAUUCUUUGUACAAUACCCCUCCUUGUUAUGGGAUUUACAUGUGCGGGCUGGUUUUCGAGGACUUGUUGGCUCAGGGUGGAUUGGUGGAGGUUGAGAAGAAGAACAAGAAGAAAGCUCAGAUUUUGUAUGAUACUAUUGACGCUAGUAAUGGAUUUUACAGAUGCCCUGUUGAGAAGUCUGUCAGAUCAUUGAUGAAUGUGCCAUUUACUUUGGUCAAGCCUGAGCUCGAGGCUGAUUUUAUUAAAGAGGCUGCUAAGGAGAAGAUGCUGCAGCUCAAGGGGCAUAGGUCGGUUGGAGGAAUGAGGGCUUCGAUAUAUAAUGCCAUGCCUUAUGCUGGAGUUGAAAAGUUGGUUGCUUUUAUGAAAGAUUUUCAGGCAAGGCAUGAUUGAGAACUGAGAGAUAUUUGUAGCAUUAGUAUUACAUCUUUUGUUCUGGGAUUUGUUCUGUUUUUGUGGUCAUUUGGGUUUUUUUUUUCGGUCUCUUGAAUUCUUACUUUAUUUUGGUUAGCAAUUGAAGAAUACUCUAGAAUUGAGUUGUAGUUUCACUCUAGAUUUGAGUUGUAAUUUCGGUCCUGGAUGAAGUAUGUUAUCCAAUAGAAGGAUAUGCUACCUGUUCUUGUUAGCAUACAAGGAUGAUUAAUCAGAAUGAUCAGAAUAAGCCGAAUUUCUAGCAAAA